CAAGAUCCCGAUCACCCCCAUCCCACACGCGCCAGCAUCCUUCAAACGCGGCGGCAACGUAAAGAGAUAUUUCUCCCUCAGCUGCCCAUCGACAUGGCCCGUCAUCACAAUCCACUAGCUGCCCCGACAGAUAGGCGGAAAAGCUCUGCACAAACAGAUCAAGGGAAACGUCCUCGAGGUGUCAGCAAAGUAAAGGCUCAGAGACCUCUCCGUAGAAGCGCACGCCUGAACCUCGAGCGCAGCGAAAACAUCGAGCAACAAUACUUUUUCCCGGCGAAGAAGACUGCGCGGAAAGACUUGACUCCUCUACAACCUAAAGAUCGAAAGCGAUCGCGUGAAAUCGAGAAUCCACUCGACGACGUCCCAACUGCGCCCCUCCCGAAGCGACCGCGACCGUCUUCCACAGACGUUACGGUCAAGCGACCAACUAGUCGAGAGGCAUCGAUUUGCGACAUCGCGGCACCAAUCAAUCCUAUUGAUUAUUGGCGGAAUGAACAAGCUUGGCCAAAGGAAUACUUUGAGCCGGACACAAUGGGUCAUCUGCUUGCAAGGAAGAAGAAGUCGAUGCCCUCCCUUCGCCGCAAACGAUCCGACUCGGCCUCUCUCGCGACUAGCUCCAACACACCAAGCGAUCAGAAGCAAAGAGAAGAGAAGAGCGCUCAGUAUAAGGAUGUGCGGUAUGAAACCCUGCUCGCGACGAAGGGCAGCUUUAUGGACCCGUUUGAACAGGGUAUCAUAGAUCCAAGCAGAGCCCACUGUCGAACAUUGUUGGAGAAGGAGCAGGCAGUUCCGCAGAAUUCAUUAUUUCGCGAUGAUCUUUUCGAAUCGACAUGCCGGAAGAUGCGAAACCGAAACGAGACUAGAGUUAUCCGAGAUAUCUCACUGUUAAUCGUCCCUUCCGCGGAAACAUUGGCUACAUACGGUGCCAAGCAUCUGGAAAUUUUGAUCGAAAGUACCAACGAAGGCUGGAACAACUCCAUUCCUCUAACUGGGACUCGUCCGCAGCCCGACUACUCUGUGGGAUUCAAACGCGAGGCGUUCACAGCAGAGCAGCUCAACAAACUUUCACCCUUUAUUGGCGACUGGUCCUUCUUCAUGGCCACGUACUACAUGUACUUUCCGUUUCUGAUGUGCGAAGUAAAGUGCGGCGCUGCAGUGCUCGACGUCGCAGACCGGCAGAAUGCCCAUAGCAUGACGCUUGCAACUAGAGCCAUCGUCGAGCUUUUCCGACUAGUGAAACGCGAGAAAGAGCUCCACCGGCAGAUCCUAUCCUUCUCAAUCUCGCACGACCACCGAUCAGUAAGAAUCUACGGCCACUACCCUGUAAUUAACGGGAGCCAAACUACCUUCUAUCGCCAUCCGAUCCGCGCCUUCGACUUUACAGAACUAGAUGGGAAGGAGAAAUGGACGGCGUACAGGUUUACGAAGAAUGUCUAUGAUACGUGGAUGCCGACACACUGGGACAAGAUCUGCUCAGCGAUUGAUGACCUGCCGUCUGAUUUUGACUUCGAAGUCCCCCUACUGGCAGAGGGAUCUGGCCUUUCGCAAGACAUGGAAAGUCACCAUGUUUCGCGAUCGUUCACGGAGCCAGAAUCUUUACCUGGGGACCGUGGCGGUCGAUCGGGGAUUGUUGAUGCAGGAACGCUCACCCCGGACACCUCGUUUACCGGACAAGGAGCAUCGAAAAGGCUGAGAAAUGCCGCGAAGUAGAAAUCCCCGAGCGAGAGCCGCCCUCAACUUUGCGUACGAUCUGUGUGCGAUUGGUACUGUCAAGGAUGCCUUGCUCGGCAAACUUAGGGGGCUGGCAUACACAGCUGCGUUGC